GUGUGUGUGUGUGUGUGUGUAAUCAAGGGGAGGGAUUGAGAAUGCAAGAGAGAGGUGCUCCACAAGCAUCUCAUUCAGACCAGCAGCAGCGGCUUAUCGCGAUGUUACAACGGGCGCGUUUUCUCUGAUGCGAGACUCCCAUCCUCAUUUAAUGCACAUUUAUGUCUCAGUUUAGCAAAUUGAUUUGGAGCCUUUUGUUUUUAGAAUGCGUCCGGUUGCGCGCCCUCGUCCUCCCGACGCCGUGCGGUCCUCUCUGGGUCUCUGUCUCUUAGUUUUCCUCCACUUUGUCGAGGCUGCUCUAUGUGGAGACUGUGUUUAUAAUGGAUCAAAUAAGCAGGACUCACCGAAGAGCAUCCUGGAGCAGGUACAGAAGUAUGAGAUUACUUAUCCCAUAUGGCUGCAUCCUUACCGACACAGGAGGUCUGCCAACACACCACAUCCCGCAGAGGCAGAGGUUCUGAUCUCAGCUGAGGGCCAAGAGCUCAGAAUACUCUUGGAGAAAAACGAACAGCUGUUAGCCCCCGGGUAUCAGGAAAUAUGGUACACUCCUGAAGGAACCCGCAAGUCCUCCUCUCCUGCAAACACUGGAAACUGUUUCUACCAUGGGGCUGUUCUGGGCAUGGAAGGUUCCAGCGUUGCUGUUAGCACUUGCUCAGGGCUCAGGGGACUGAUUUCUCUGAACUCGAGCAUCAGCUAUGUGAUAGAGCCUGUUCCUGCUUCCACGGAUGCUCAGCAGCAUGCUGUGUUCAGAGCUGAGAGUCUCCACCUUCCCAGUGGUAGCUGCCUGCAUCACCGUGGCAACAAGGAGCACAAGGAGGGGCUUAAUGACUUCAUCCAUGGAUUUAUGUCAUCACGGAAUAUGAGAGAAAAAAGGGACCUGAGCCAGAAUAUGAAGUAUGUAGAGCUGCUGCUAGUGGCAGACAAGGCUGAGUUUGAAAAGCAUGGCCGUGAUCUCACGAAGACCAAACUGAAACUAUUGGAAGCUGCAAACUUGGUUGACAAGUACUACAAGGCGUUGAACAUCCGUGUGGCGUUGAUUGGAUUGGAGGUGUGGACCAGCCAGGACAUGAUCAAUGUGUCGGAUAACCCACACGGCACUCUGGCAGCGUUCCUGUCCUGGAGACGCAAACAGCUCCGUGAAUUCCCAAAUGACAAUGCUCAGCUCAUCACGGGGACGUCAUUCCAGGGCACCACCAUCGGCCUGGCACCUCUCAAAGCCAUGUGCUCCGACUACCAGUCUGGUGGAGUGAAUACGGACCACUCAGAGUCAGCUGUUGGUGUUGCAGCCACUAUGGCGCAUGAGAUGGGCCACAACUUUGGCAUGAACCAUGACAGCCCAGGCUGCUGUCAGGCAAGAGCAGAGGAUGGGGGUUGCAUCAUGGCCGCUGCUACUGGACACCCAUUUCCACGUGUAUUUAAUGAUUGUAACCAGAAGGAGCUGAAGAGUUACCUGAGCUCUGGAGGGGGGAAGUGUCUCUUCAACUUGCCCAACACCAGAGCCAUGUAUGGAGGGCAGCGCUGCGGCAAUGGUUACCUAGAGGAUGGAGAAGAAUGUGAUUGUGGAGAAGAAGAGGAGUGCACCAGCCCCUGCUGUAAUGCCAACAACUGCACUCUGAAAGCUGAAGCCGAGUGUGCCCAUGGUGUCUGCUGUGACAACUGCAAGUUGAAGAGCCCAGGGGUGCUGUGCCGCGCUCCCUCGGGGCCAUGUGACCUGCCAGAGUACUGUGAUGGGAAGGCAGAAUCUUGUCCUGCUAACUUCUAUUUGCUGGAUGGUGCGUCAUGUGCAGGCGGACAGGCCUACUGUUACACCGGCAUGUGUUUGACCCUGGAGCAGCAGUGUCUGUCACUGUGGGGACGAGAUAGUCAUCCAGCUCCGGACCUGUGUUUUAAGAAGGUAAACGAAGCUGGGGACAUGUAUGGGAACUGUGGCAAAGAUGAGUUUGGGAAAUACAGGAGCUGCAAGGACAGGGAUGCAAAAUGUGGGAAAAUCCAGUGUUUAACUUUAGCCGCCAAGUCCAUUGAAGACAACGCUGUUGCCAUAAAAACCACAAUCACUGUGGGCAACCAAAGGAUCCAGUGUGUGGGAACACAUGUGUGGCAGGAAGAGAAGGAGGCACAGGGAGACACGCUGGACCCAGGACUGGUCAUGGCGGGCACCAAGUGCGGUGAUGGUUCGAUUUGCUUUGAUGGAACAUGCCGCAAUGCAUCUUUUCUCAGAGCUGAUGAGUGCAAUGCCAAGUGCCAUGGACACGGGCUGUGUAACAACAAACACAACUGCCACUGUGACUCGGGCUGGGCUCCUCCUCUGUGUGACCAGAAGGGAUCAGGUGGAAGCGUAGACAGUGGAACUGUCAUCGGCCACACAGGCAGCCACCUUCCAGUCCUACUGGUCCUCAUCCUGCUGCUCUUUGUGGUUUUUGCUUUGGCUGCUGGACUAUGGUACUGCUACAGACAUAAGCUCCAACCAAUGAAAACUUCAGCUCCACCACCAGUGCCAAGCUGUUCUGUUGCAGACAGGGACAAGGCUGUUUGCACCAAUGGUCAUGUCAAUCCAACAUUCUUGCUACAGAAACAGAAGUCAGACCAGAUGGGGAAAUCCUCUCCUCAUCCGAGCCCGUCUUGCUCAGCUCAAUCAAGAAAUGCUAUUGUGCGUCCAGCAGUGAAGCCUCCUCCGUUACCUGCAUAUGCUGCAGGGCAGACGGAGCAGACACCUCAGCCUCACUUCCAGCCUGUGGCUCCUCCUCAGAGGCAGUACUCUCCCCAGCCAUACACUCCACCUUCCUUUAAAUCCGCACAGCUGACCGAGCAAAGGCGAAACCAGGCUCCUCCACCACGAUCAAAACCUCCACCUUUAUCUACCCUGAACACCAAAAGCCACCCAUCGCCUUCAACAGGACCUGAAGUUCGACCAGACCCCCCGAACAGGCCUCCACCACCUUGUCCUCUCAACAUGCCCUCAGUGCAACAACAUCAAGUGAAAGGCCUACAGGUUACCACAAAUGGCCUGCGGAGGGGAAAACCUGCUUUGGCUCCAUCUAGUGGACAGAAAAAUCAAAACAGAACCUAAACUAAGAUAUCAGGGAGAUGCUGAGGACCACCACUUAUUGCCAGUAACAGACAGCCUUUUCUCAGCUGUCUAUUUAGCAGCUGGCCAAGAAAAUGUGGAAGUGGGAUAAGAUGAAAACUUGACACACUUGGUCUGUGAACUGCAGUAUAUUUAUACUGAUUUGCAGUCAGGGAAACCCGUUUUACAGCAGGUUGUGGAACAUAUGACAACAAGUAUGUUUUAGGUCUAAGAUUUAGGCUUAACUAGUGUUUUUCAAAUGAGCCCUUUGCAUCUGCUGUGAAUUUAAGAACUUUUUUUGUGAUUAUUGAUCCUGAUGCUAAUAGAAAUGUGAAAUGAUUCCGUGUGUGUAAGCAGUGUUGAAACACUGUUCCUGGAGUAUUUAUUCACAAAGCAAAGAAAUGUUUACAGUAUAGCCUAUGUACUAAACAUGAUGCCUCUGAAAGAACAUCAGCUGUAAAAGGUUAUCUUAUAUUAAGAAAAGAUGCCAACAGAGAAGUGCUUUUUAAUGUGUGAAUAAUAAUGGACUUUUCACUAGACAAGACAAGACAAGUUAAAAAACAGCAUUGAUAUUGUUGUAGUGUUGCACUUUUAAUAUUCUUUUUAGUGUCAAGUACACAUCCCUGGAAGUGUGUGUUAAAAAAAUACACCGGUCAGCCACAACAUGAAAACCACUGACAGGUGAAGUGAAUAGCACUGAUUGUCUUGUUACAGUGGCACCUGUCAGGGGUGGGGAUUUAUUAGGCACCAAGUGAACAGUCAGUUUUUGAAGUUGAAGCCUAAAGCCGUUUUCAGAUAGGUGUGCUCACAGAGCGCUGCAGCCAAGUUGAACUUUUUUUAACUUCAGUGCGGCGUGCAGGGAUGAUACCCAUGCUCAGCACAGCGCAGCACAGAUACGUUCUUGUAUCACGCAUUGCACAGAUAUGAAUGGGUUGGAUAGCUGAGCGAAGCACCCGCCGCAUCCUAUCUGAAAGCCACUUAAGGAUCUCAGUGACUUUGACAAGGGCCAAACUGUAAUGGUUACACAACUUGGUCAGAGCAUCUCCAAAAUGACAAUCUGUAAAAAUGGAAACAUGGCUACUGUAAUAAGACAGUGAGAAAAAGCGUGGCAGGUGGUAGCGGACCUACUGAAUGCAUUAAGUUGCCUAAAAUACACAUUUUCUAACCACUGUUCUUAGCCGAAACCAUAUGUUACUCAGGAAAUAUACCAUGAAUAUUAAUAACAAUCACCAUUGGAUUAGCAUUUGUUGGAUAUGUGUAAAAUUAUGUGUGUUGAUAUAUCAACUGUCUUUA